CCAAUAGGCCAGGAAUCCUCCAUUCACUUUAAAAUAAGGACACUUCUACCCCCUUCCUGCCCGCCGGGCACUUCUACCCCCUUCCUGCCCGCCGGGCACUUCUACUACCCCCUUCCUGCCUGCCGGGCACUUCUACCCCUACUCCAUACUCAUCUCAACCAAUGGCCACUACUCCGUACUCAUCCCAACCAAUGGCCACUACUCCGUACUCAUCCCAACCAAUGGUCACUACUCCGUACUCAUCCCAACCAAUGGUCACUACUCCGUACUCAUCCCAACCAAUGGUCACUACUCCGUACUCAUCCCAACCAAUGGUCACUACUCCGUACUCAUCCCAACCAAUGGUCACUACUCCGUACUCAUCCCAACCAAUGGUCACUACUCCGUACUCUUACUACUUGACCUCUCUGCAGCUUUAUAUACUGUUGACCAUCCCCUCCUCCUCAAAAAACUCCACUCUC